AUGGCGACGAUGACGAGCUUGAUCGGUCUUAUCAACAAGAUCCAACGAGCUUGCACCGUCUUGGGAGAUCACGGCGGUGAGGGUUUAUCUCUUUGGGAAGCUCUUCCGUCCGUUGCCGUCGUCGGUGGACAAAGUUCAGGGAAAUCGUCUGUGUUGGAAAGUGUAGUUGGAAGAGACUUUCUUCCUCGUGGAUCUGGUAUUGUUACACGAAGGCCGCUGGUACUGCAACUUCAUAAAACUGAAAAUGGCCAGGAAUAUGCAGAGUUUCUUCACUUACCAAGAAAGAGAUUCACUGACUUUGCUGCUGUGAGGAAGGAAAUAGCAGAUGAAACAGAUCGAAUAACUGGGAAGUCAAAGCAGAUUUCAAAUCAUCCUAUUCACCUCAGCAUUUAUUCUCCAAAUGUUGUAAACUUAACCCUCAUAGAUCUUCCUGGGUUGACGAAGGUUGCCGUAGAGGGACAACAAGAGAGUAUUGUUCAAGAUAUUGAAAACAUGGUCCGAUCGUAUGUUGAGAAGCCAAACUGCAUUAUCUUAGCUAUUUCUCCCGCCAAUCAAGAUAUUGCCACUUCAGAUGCCAUAAAAAUUGCAAAAGAAGUUGAUCCUUCAGGUGAAAGAACAUUUGGAGUGGUUACAAAACUUGAUCUUAUGGAUAAAGGAACUAAUGCAGUUGAUGUUCUUGAGGGAAGGCAAUACAGGCUGCAGCAUCCAUGGGUUGGAAUUGUGAACCGUUCACAAGCUGAUAUUAAUAAAAAUGUUGACAUGAUUGCCGCUCGAAGGAAGGAACGUGAAUAUUUUGAGACAAGUCCUGAAUAUGGACAUUUGGCGCAUAAAAUGGGCUCAGAAUAUCUUGCCAAGCUUCUAUCUCAGCAUUUGGAACAAGUUAUUAGGCAGAAGAUACCUAGUAUCAUUGCUUUAAUAAACAAGACCAUUGACGAGCUUAAUGCAGAGUUAGACCGCAUUGGCAGGCCGAUUGCCGUGGACUCUGGGGCCCAACUAUACACUAUUUUAGAAAUGUGUCGUGCAUUUGACAAAGUAUUUAAAGAGCACCUGGAUGGAGGGCGUCCUGGUGGGGAUCGGAUAUAUGGAGUUUUUGAUCACCAAUUACCGGCUGCUUUGAAAAAGCUACCCUUUGAUCGCCAUCUUUCCUUAAAAAAUGUCCAAAAAAUUGUCACUGAAGCUGAUGGGUAUCAACCUCAUCUGAUUGCUCCAGAACAGGGUUAUAGAAGACUUAUUGAAGGGUCUAUCAGCUAUUUCAAAGGCCCAGCUGAAGCCUCUGUAGAUGCGGUCCACUUUGUUUUAAAGGAACUUGUACGAAAGUCAGUUGCAGAAACCGAGGAGUUAAGAAGAUUCCCAACGCUUUCACAUGAUAUUGCAACUGCUGCAAAUGAAGCUCUGGAUAGAUUCCGAGACGAAAGCAAGAAGACAGUUUUGCGGUUGGUUGAUAUGGAGUCUAGCUAUCUAACUGCAGAUUUUUUUAGAAAGAUUCAUCUCGAACCAGAAAAAAACCCAAAUGGACCACCAAAUUCAAACCGGAAUGCUCCCCCUAACACGGACAAUUUUACUGACAAUCACCUCCGCAAGAUUGGAUCAAAUGUAAGUGCUUAUAUCAACAUGGUCUGUGAUACACUUAAGAAUACUAUACCAAAAGCCGUAGUCUAUUGCCAAGUCAGAGAAGCCAAGAGAUCACUGUUAAACUACUUUUACGUCCAAGUUGGAAAGAAGGAGAAGGACAGAUUGGGUGCCAUGUUGGAUGAAGACCCAGCUCUAAUGGAAAGGAGAAAUCAAAUAGCUAAAAGACUUGAAUUGUACAAGCAAGCUAGAGACGAUAUUGACUCCGUGGCCUGGAAAUAA